CAACCCAACACCAUUGUUCUCUGGGGAGGUUCCCAGCCCUGCCUGCAUCCCGGGAAGGAGCUGCAGCGCUGACGGCCACCCCACACCAGGAACAGAGAGAGCAAGGCUCUUCCCAGGCAUCAGGAAUGUCUUCUGAGUCCGCUUCAUCCGCCUCCCAGCAGUCCCCUGCCUCUCCACCCUCUCCCGGCUCUCUCCAUCUGCCCGAGAGCCGCAGGGCGAGGGAGCGCUCCCCAUCGCCCAUGAGGUACCUCAUCCCCAGCCCGCUGCCCACCCGACGGACCAGGACCUUUUCUGCAACCGUGAGGGCAUCAGAGGGUCCCAUCUACAAAGGUGUCUGUAAGUGCUUCUGUCGCUCCAAAGGCCAUGGUUUCAUCACCCCUGCGGAUGGAGGGCCAGACAUCUUCGUACACAUCUCUGACAUCGAGGGCGAGUACGUUCCUGUGGCGGGCGACGAGGUCACCUACAAGAUGUGCACCAUCCCCCCGAAGAACGAGAAGCUGCAGGCGGUGGAGGUGGUGAUCACCCACCUCGCCCCUGGCACCAAGCAUGAGACCUGGUCGGGGCACGUCGUCAGCCCCUGAGGUGUCCCCGGGUUGACCUGUGUGGUCACUGCUCAACAGCUGCCUGCAGGGGACCUGUCCUGAGAAUAUCCUACGUGUUGUUGCAGGAGGAAACACUGUGUUGUCAAUAAAGCAGAAGCAGGCCAGAAUUACUGUUUUUUAUAGCUGGCCUGAUUUAAAAAAAAAAAAAAAAAAAAAAAAAAAAGGCAAUUCGAAUGCUAAUGAAAAAAAUCUGGCAUAAUGUGUUUACAGAAAAUGUAUUUAAAGAGACCUAGUUUGUGUGCUUGGUGGAGGAGGGGAGGUUUGGUUUUUUUCCUUUUAUCUUGUGAACUGAUUCCAGGAAAUACCCAGGGGGAGUGGGGAGAGGUUUAAGGAGGGCUCUUCUGGUGCAGAUGGCCAUAACUCCGAGACCCUGACAUUGUGUGAGCCCUCUGUUCCCUUGGGCUGCCCUUCCGUAGGGUUACAGUACAUUUAUUGCUGAUAACAGUGCCUGAAUCCCUUGCCUUGAGAGAGAGAGAGGUGUUCAUUGCUGCAAUUUGUUGUCCUCGUGGAAGGAAGUUCACAAACAGCAGCAGCCACGAGGUGGAAAUUCUCCAUCUAGUGGUUACACUCCAGUGCACCAUCUGCACAUGGGGUGGCUGCAUGAGUGUGGAAACUGUAUUGUGGUUGUAAAGUCAGGAUUGUUUGUGAAUUUACUUAGGUGCCUUGAUGGUUGAUUAGCAACAAAUUUUAUAGGCCAGUAUUAAG